AUGGGUGGAGUGGGCUCACUGCUACAGAUCUCCAAAGAUCUUGGGCUUUUAGUGGCUUCCGCUGCCGGAUUUUGUGCAGCGCUGCUGUUUAGCUUAACAUGGAACAUCGCUCAUGUGGCGUACCGAUUCAUUAUUUCAAAGGUUUAUUCUCUCCUUUAUGCUUUUAUUUGGUCACCAUGUUUUAUUAUUGCGUCGAACACGUUGCAGCUUGUGUUUCUGCCAAUAAACAUACCUCUGAGAAUUUUGGUUGGCACUACAAUGCAAAGGAUUAUUGUUCAAGCGAAUUCCUGGACCAAUGGUUAUGUGCUGACAACGAUUUCGCAAUAUGCGUUGGUCCUCAUAGUUUUUGGCGUCACUUUGGGAGCCAUUUGUGGCGCCUGCCUCGGUUUCAUUCAUUCAGUCACCAGAGUGCCCAAAGUUGUUGUCGACAUACCAAUACUUUUCUGGAAACGUAUCCCUGCCGUUCUAAGAUAUACGAGAAACCUCCUACUUCCGAAGGCUGCUUCUGAGCUCAAGACCUACGUGCCCGAAGACAUUCGCAUACCGACUCCCAGUCCAUCGAUACCGCCCUCUGAAAUCCUGGAACCGCUGUUCACUGACAUGCCGCAGACGCUCAACAGUAAAUUUGGCAAAACCAUGUGGCAAAGGCAUUCAACAUCAUCCAAGGAAAGUGUUCUGGAAAGGGCAUCGAAACUGCCAAGCGAUUUUUUCCAGCAGAAAAGCACUUUGUCGGAUUUGAGAAGUGAACAUCCGCAGUAUUAUUAUCAGAGUCCCGCCCAAUCACCUCGAAACGUGACUCAGGAUGACUCUAGCCAUAGCUCAACCAACAUAUGGGACAGAUACGAUGAGCUACCCACCACCUUGAGGACGGAAGGCGGUAUGAGCACUCUCUACAGUAGACGACCCUUUACGUUUCCAGAAAAGGGAGAAAGAGAACAGCUUAACCGACUAAGAAGAGGAGAAUAA